GCACCGUGGGUGUGCAGUAAAUGUGCGAUCGGUCUCUGCGCAGCCCCCCCUGCCUUGGGCUGUCGAGUUGCCAGAGCUCUGCGCUUCUCAUUUCGGGCGGGAGAACUGGCUCUGCCAGACAGGAUCCCCGUGAUUGUGGUGCUGGCAGUCUCCCACCUGGGCCUGCAUGUGCUGGGGCAGCCCCCCAGGUGGCUGUGCUGGGCUGGAGGCCACAGUGUGCGCGCUGGCCUGGGAGCCCAGGAGGUAGGGUGCUGGAAGCUCCCAGCAGAGACUGGGUUGGGAUGUCCCCAAACCCAGGGCCUCAGUCUGCUGCUACGGGCAGAACUUGGUGUGACCCCAUGGAGGGGCAUGGUACUCUGCGCUGGCUCCUGAGUGCAGCCCACCCUCUGCUUCCGUGGGCUGGGUGCCACUGGCUCGGCCCGAGAGGCCCUGGCAGCAACCUGGCUUCUUGCUUUGGCCGGGGACCUUGCCCCGAGCCAUGGCUGUCUGCCGUGGGCAGAAUUGCUGUCGUCUGUGCCUCCUCCCUCCCUCAUCAGCCCCAGCCCAGCAGGCUGCUGUCAUGGGUGCAGGCAUUGGUGCUGACACGGGGCAGCUAUUCUUGCAUGGUACCAGGUGCCUGGGCCCUCCCUGCCCUGGGGCACGAGGCAUCAUCCCCACAUGCCUCUGUCUCUUGUGUGCACACCCUGUCCCCUCGCUGUUCCUUGGGGUCCAUCACCAGGAUGUCUGGGCUGAGGCUUCCUGGCUGAGGCUUGGCUUCGGCCAAACUUCUUCAUGCUUCAGGCGGUUUGCUCAUGCAGCUCUUAGCUGCCCCCGCCUGCUUGUAUGCUCUUCCCUUCCUCCCUCCACCCCCAACCCACUGAGUUUUGAGGGCAGGUCCAUCUUGGCUGUGUGGGAAUGCUCACCAGUGAACCUUGCUUGAGCUGCGAGUGGCAGUGCCGAGCAGCAGUUGUCCUGAGACCGCGGGGGUGUAGGAGGAGUAGGGUGCGCUGGCACUGCAGGCAGCCCCUCUGCCCCAUAGCACCAGACCUUCUCCUGUCAGGAAGCCCUUAGCACUUGCUCUGCUCCCCAGCGAGGGCUGUCUGCAUGGUGCCUCAUUGCAUCGGUGACCACGGGGCUGGGGUGCCUGGCAGCAGGUGCAUCCAGAGGUGACGGGCACGGCGAGGAUCUGAUCUGCAGCCCAUGUGCUGUGUCCGGGUGCUCACGAGGAUGCUGCCUGGUGCUGGGCUGCUGCUCUCCUGGGGCCUGGCUCCUGUCUACACCUUUUCCUGGGGCAUGAAAGCAUUGCUCUGCCCGUUGCUGAGGGAAGGAAAUGUUGCAAGCCUGCAGAUCAUCUUGUGGGGCUUCUCCAGCUCGUGCGCCACAGGCCUCCGUGUCCAGACAUGCCUGGUCUGACCCGCUUCAGGGGCCAGGGGCCCGCUGGUGGCCCCUUUGAGCCCCCUCCUCAGGGGCAGAGCAGGGUCUUGGUGUUAAAGGGCCAUUCUGGGAACCAAGGAAGGUGCGGGUGAAGCUGGACUCUUCUGCUCCAGAGAACAAGUGCAAGCAAAUCUUUAGCUCAGGUCUAGCAAUAAUGGAGCCCUUGAUGGGCAGUGCCAGAAUGGUGUUCUGGAAAUGCCUCUGCUCUGUGGCAGUUUGUGUAACCUCAGGUUUGCAGGAGCCCUCUUUCCCCUCGCUGUUGGCUCGGCCGCAGACGGGCACUGGCCAGGAAACAAUGUCGAGGCAGAAGAGCACCGUUUCCCAGCUGGACCUGGGUUUUACUGUCCUGUUACCUGGCCAGGACCCCGCAGAGCUGUUGCAUGAGGGAGUGGCCCCAGAGCUCAUGUCCCGCCUAAGUGAGAUGAGCUUGCCUCCGUUAUAGCGUGUCCUGUCCUGAGCCAGGUCUGACAGGACUUGGACCACACUACAACCCCAAGCAGCCUUUAGCCCACCUCCAUCUCUUGCACCUUUUUAAACCCCCUGCCUGUGCCGCUCUUGCCUUGGCGGCUGCUGCUGCUUCUCUUGCCCAAGCUUUGAUGGAGGGAAUGUGAGUGAAGGCUGUGCCGAGGAGGCCUCCCUCUGAGGCAGGACAAUUGGGGCCUCCCUGUGUGAGGAGCGCCCGGCUGGGCUGGGCGGCUGGAGCUGGGGCUGAGGAGGGGACCCCUGGGUCGGCACCACCAGGAGGGAGCGUGUGCUGCUGGGCGGCUGUGGCGGUGAGCUACCCCUUGCUGCGGCGACUUGCUGCUGCCCUGGAGCGCUGGGCAUGGGGGUGCUGUCGCCGCCUCCUUCUGCCGGGCUGGCAGGUACUGGAGGAAGCGCGGGGCUUGGUCCGCAGCCGGGGUCUGGCAGCAGCGGGGCCCGAGUGAGAGCACGGCUGGGACUGAGACCCUGCCCUGGAGCAGGGGCUGGGCAUGGGCCAGAGCCCCUGUCGACCUCUCCCCACCCACUGCCUGUAGGGACCCUUGUGGGCUGUUGCACGGGCCCCUCCAGGCUACGGCCAUUGCUGGGGGUGGAGGGGGCAGAUGGCCUGUGCAGCCCCCUACCUCGAGCCCUGCAGCGAGCUGGCUUCCCUGAUCCAGUGCUGUGCAGGCGUGUCCAGCAGCCGCUCCCCUGGCAGUGGGCUGAGGCCUGUCCCUGGGGCCUGUGGGUGGUGGACUUGGGGGCUGGCCUCUUGGGCCCACGCAGUCCCUGUCUGGCUGUGCUGUCCCUGCAGGUGCCAGGCCCUGUCCUGCAUGCCGACAGGCUGGCUCGCUCCCAGCUGGGGCCUUGCCUGCAUUCCCCCUUGGCCCUGCCUGUGCCAGGCACCUGCUGGCUUCCUGGCUCUGGUCCCGGGCAUGAGGGAAGGGGAGCAAGUGCCGGGUCUCCUGGGCAGAGCCCAGGGCUGCCGGCCAGAAGCUGAGUGCCAUUUCCUCUCCAGGCGCACCCCCUGCUCUCCCCCCGCCAGCUGUGGUGCCAGGGGGGCUAGUGGCUGUCCACGGGUCGGAGUUCGUGUGGGCCUCAAGGCGGGGGCUGCGCCCCCUGCCCUUGAUGAAAGAGCUGCCUGGCAAGAGCCCCUGCCCCAGGCACAGCCCUUGGGCCCAGGCACCGUGGGGCUGGGGCUGGGGCUGGGGCUGGCACUGGCUUCGCCCAUGAAGGUGAUGGAGGCAGCAGCUUUGCCGCCUGCCGCCAUGGAGGGCCUUGUGAUGGCCUACCACAACUUAAUGAAGAAAGCAGACCCUCGGAUUGCCGAGUACCCGCUGAUGGACUCGCCCUUCCUCAUGAUGGGGAUCCUGCUGGGCUACGUGUACUUCGUGCUGUCUCUGGGCCCGCGCAUGAUGGCCAACAGGAAGCCCCUGGACCUCAAGAAGUUCAUGGUGGUGUACAACUUCUUCCUGGUGGGACUCUCGUUCUACAUCGUCUACGAGUUCUUAAUGGCGGGUUGGCUGACCGGCUACACCUGGAGCUGUGACCCCGUGGACACCUCCCAGAGCCCUCAGGCCCUUCGGAUGGUGCGUGUCGCCUGGCUCUUCGUCUUCUCCAAGUUCAUCGAGCUCACGGACACGGUGAUCUUUGUGGUGCGGAAGAAGAGUGAGCAGGUCACCUUCCUGCAUGUCUUCCACCACUCGGUCCUGCCCUGGAGCUGGUGGUGGGGCGCACGCUUUGGUCCAGGUGGUAUGGGCUCCUUCCAUGCCAUGGUGAACUCCAUGGUGCAUGUUGUUAUGUACUUCUACUACGGGCUCUCAGCCGCCGGCCCUGCCUUCCAGAAGUACCUGUGGUGGAAGAAGCAUAUCACGGCCAUUCAGCUGCUGCAGUUCGUGAUCGUCUCCAUCCACAUCUCGCAGUACUACUUCAUGCCUAGCUGCAACUACCAGUUCCCUAUCUUCAUCCACCUCAUUUGGAUCUAUGGGACCAUCUUCUUCAUCCUCUUCUCCAACUUCUGGUACCAGUCGUACACCAAGGGCAAGCGGCUGCCCAAGAGGGCUGAGCUGGCUCCCUUGCAGAAUGGUGCUACUAGCAGCCUCCAUGCCAAUGGCAAGGUCAAGGCCAACUAGAGGGCAUGGUCCUCCCAGAGCCCAUGAGUGCCCCGGGGCGGAGGCGGCUGGGACCUGUCCCUUGCUCCUGGGCAUCAUUCGCCAAACCAAGUGCCUAUAGACUGUCCCCCACGGCCCUGGGCCUGGGCCUGCCUGCACUCCUGUCUGCCCCCUGCUCGGCAUCGCCCCAGGCCAUGGCCCUCACUGGGAACAGAUGGGCCAUGGUCUCUUCCCCACGGGGUUCCUGCCCCGCUCAUCUCCGAAGAAACCUCCCCAAGUGCCUGUGACUGCCCCUUGCAUUGGGGCCCCUCCCUUCUGUCUAGGACCAAACCCGGGCCCAGCCCUGCGUCUCCCCAGGCCCUUGCAGUCGCCCAUGCUGCCCCCUGCUCACCGCUGCGGCCUGUGGGCAUGAGGAAUGGGGCUGGCGGCUGCCCCUUUUUCCCUGCCCUGCCCUGCUCUACUCCACCGUGGUGCUCUGGAUGGCAGCUGCCUAUGGUACCUUUCCCCUGAGCUCAGGCCAUGCCUGCCCCGUGCAGGGCACGCUGCAGAGGUGCACACUCCCUGCCUGCCCUCUUCCCCUGUCCCAGGCUGUGUUCUGCUGCGGGGACUUCCACUGCUGUGCUGGCCCUGGUGCCCUGCUGGGAUGCGGCCCUGGGUCCUACUCUAGCUCAGAGCAGAGCAGCUGUGCUCCUGCCUCGACUCUCACACAGCUGGAGCUGGAGCAAUAAUCCCCAGCAGUGGCUCUGGGCAGGCACUAGCCUGUGGCUGUGCCCACACGGGGAAGAGCACGGCUGGCUCCCUCUCCAGCCUGGCCCCGGCUCCCUGGUGCUGCCCAUCUCCUCUGUGCCUUGUCCAGCUGGUGCCUGGGGGAAGUGUCUGGGGCCCAGUGCUCGUCCCCAGCUCCUUGUAGCCAAAGGCUGGGGGAGGGGGUGCGGCUGCGGCUGCGCUGCUCUUGUAUCAUCAGAAAUAAACAGACCAAGUGGCUCCA